AUGGUCCAUCAGCCCCUACGCCUUGAGCUUUCGUCCUACACGACCACAAAAGUCCCGAAACCUCCACCCGCCAAAAAUCCCUACAUCAAUCCUUCCCUCUUCCGUGAGGCCCCCUUUUCAUGCCUUCAAGCGAAAAAAGCCGUUGCCUUGGACUGCGAAAUGGUCCAAGUGCGCGGAGGGCAAGUAUGUGCAUACUUAUCUGCAGUGGACUUUAUCACCGGAGAAAUCCUCAUGGAUUGUUUCGUUCAACCCGGGGAAUAUGUAACCGACUGGUGCUCCAGAUACAGCGGCGUCACCAAAACCCUCAUGGACAAAGCCAUCUUCAAUGCAACCGCUCUUCGUGGUUGGGAAGAUGCACGAGAGAAUCUAUUCAGCUAUGUGGACCUAAACACCAUUAUCAUUGGCCAUGCUCUCGAUAACGAUCUCAAUGUACUGGGUAUCAUCCACGCCAAAAUCAUUGACACUUCGAUUCUGAUCGCCGAGAAAGUUUUCUUGCGCCACCCCUCAGCGAACACCCAGAAAUUUCCUCGGCAGUAUGGUCUCAAAGUUAUCGUCAAAGAGCUUAUGGGAUUUAGUAUCCAAUCCAGCAGGAUGGGACAUAUGGCGCUAGAAGAUGCACAGGCCACACGGGACCUACUCCUAUGGUGCAUCAAAUGGCCUGAUAUUCUCGAUAGAUGGGCCUUCAAAGCGUACCAAAUUUUUGAGACCCAAACACAGGAGCGGGAGAGAAAAGUGCAAGACGCGAAAUUGAAGCGAGAUAAAUUGUUGCAGGAUGCGAAAGGGCCGCAAGGGAAAUCUGAACGUGAAAAACUCCAAGAAUGGAAGCAGAAACAGUUUCUGGAGCGAGAAGAUCUGCGAGAUAAGCAUUCAACUGAGCUACAAACUCUACUACAGAAGCAGGCACUUGAGUUUCGUCUGGGUGAUGAGGAGGCAAAGCUACAUGCCGAGCAACUUAUGACAUUGCAGGCCAAGCAAUCAAAAGAGUGGGGUAAGCUCUGCCUGCAGCAGCCACAGAAAUGA